UCCAUACCACUGCCAAUACAACCCUAUCGAAUUAAUGUGGGCGCAGGUAAAAGGAGAAGCCGUUAAAAAUAAUAGAACUUUUAAAUUUAAUGAUGUCGAAAGAUUGUUAAAUUAUGUAUUGGACUCAGUAACUGUUGACAAUUGGAAAAAAUGAAUCUAGGUCAAAAUAUCCACGGACAAAAUUUUAUAGUAUAAUUUUUAGAAAUUUUAAGUUGGCAACACAUUUUAUGCCGCCGUCUUUCGAUUCCGGUCCUUAUCAUUUUUCGAACAACUGCCCUAACUCAAAAUGUUUUUAUUUAUCUAUGCAUAUUAGGUACCUAAUUCUGAAAAUGGAGAAUUACAUGUUUUUUACGAAUACAUUAUUAUAUUGCUUAAGGCGUGAGCGAAAAGUUUGAGAACCUCUGGAAAAGGAAAUCAAACUUUUGUAAUUUUGUUGAUAUGCAGUUAAGAAUCAUUUUAAUAUCAGCUUGGUUUAAUAUCUUAUCAUUAUUAUGAACAUAUAAUCUAAAAUAAAAAAUAACUUUGUGUAUCUUCAAACUCUACAGUUUACAUCACCAUUAUUAUUUGUCAAAUUUUAUUAAUCAAAAGUCUUAAGUUGUAACAGUAAUUUUACUUUAAUGUGUAAAAUGCAUUGAUCAUCAAUGACCUCAAUAUUUAAAUAUGUAGUACUUCAGAAAUCGUUCAAGUCUUAACAUAUGUUACUUUUUGUUAUUAUUUAUUUGGAAAAAUAGUAUUUUAUGUUAUAAAGAUGGAUUUAAAACAAUUAUUUUUAACACGAUCACAUGAUGGAUAUUUAGGGAAAGAGGAUAAAGUACAAAUUGAAACUGCUCUAGAAACAGAAGACGAAGAAGAUAAUGAUAUUAUUAUUCAAGAAGAAUUAAAAAAUGCAUUGGCUUUAGAUAAUUUAAAAGAAUGGAGCAAUAACAUUAAAUUGACUAAGGGAAAACCAUUUUCAGGUCUUACACCUUCUAUGUGGCCCGAAGAUAUUGUUGUUAGUUAUACUCAAUAUGACAACAAAUCUCCUCCAAGUCAUCAAUGGUUUGAUGAAUUUGGUUUUCGUUUAGAAAAUUAUGGUGAUAAUUCAAAAGAGUGUAUUAUAGAUGAUGAUUUUUAUGAAAAUCCUCAACACAGAAUGGAGUGGAUUUCUUAUUUUGAAAAUAUGUAUAAAAAUGAAUCAUCAGAAACAGGAAAAACUUCAUUUAAACCUCAUUCAAAAACAUUACAAUCAAUGGUACGUCAAGGUAUACCUCAUUCGCUUAGACCACAAUUAUGGAUGAAAUUUUCAGGUGCUCAUAUAAAAAAACAAUCACAUAACGUAACGUACAAAGAAAUAGUCAGAUCAUCAAAUAAUGAUACUUUAGUAUCAUCAAAACAAAUAGAAAAAGAUCUUUUACGCACCAUGCCUAGUCAUGUUUGUUUUAAUAAUCUUCAAAGUACUGGAAUACCAAGGUUACGAAGAGUAUUGCGAUCACUUGCAUGGCUCUACCCUGAUAUUGGUUAUUGCCAAGGAACUAGUAUGAUUGUAGCAUCACUUUUACUGAUACUUGAAGAAGAAGAAUCUUUUUGGAUGAUGAGUGCAAUAGUUGAAGAUUUAUUGCCAGCAUUAUACUACACUACAACUUUAAUUGGUGUAAAAGCCGAUCAACAAGUGUUACAAACUGUCUUAGGGAAUUGUUUACCAGGAAUUUGUCAACUUUUACGAUUACAUGAUAUUGAAUUAAGUUUAAUCACAGUUAACUGGUUCUUGACGUUGUUUUCCAAUGUUGUCAACUUUAAAGUUUUAUUAAGAAUCUGGGAUUUAUUAUUUUUUGAGGGUUCAAUUGUUCUUUUUCAAAUUACAAUUGGACUUCUUAAACUAAAAGAACCAUUAUUAAAAACACUUGAUAACUCUGCUGAUAUCUUCAAUGCUUUAUCUAAUAUACCAGGAAAUAUAAAUAAUAUUCAAGAAUUAUUUGAAGUAUGUUUUGAUGUAUGUCCAGAAAUUAACAAUGAAAAAAUUGAAGCCUACCGAAGGCGAUAUUUAGGAUAUUUAAUGGCUGACGGAGGAGCUUUAGUUCCAAAUAUCAAUUCUUCGACAAACCUACCUAAACAACAUCUUAAUAGAAGACAAAUUCGAAAAUCAAGAUCUUUAAUGCAAGUGUUACUGUUUGGUGAUGAAAUAAAUGAAAAUAAUUCUAAAAUUACUUUAAAAUGCAAAAAUAUUCGUCAAACUGAAUUUUUGGUUGAUUUAAGAGAAGCAAUAAUGCAAGUAGCUCGUCAUUUUGUGAUUGUUGAUUCUAAACUUAGUAAUAUUUCUUUAAAGCCAGACUAUACUAAAGAAAGUCAUUCGAAAGACUUGGAGACUUAUACUAAUGUUUCAAGAAAUAAAAAAAGAAGAGCAAAAGCACUUUUAGAUUUUGAAAGACAUGAUGAUGAUGAAUUAGGAUUUAGGAAAAAUGAUAUUAUAACAAUUAUUAGCCGUAAAGAUGAACAUUGUUGGGUUGGAGAGUUAAACAGUUUAAGAGGAUGGUUUCCUGCAAAAUUUGUGGAACUCUUGGAUGAAAGAAGUAAACAGUAUAGUAUAGCUGGUGAUGAUUCUAUAUCAGAAACAAUAACAGAUUUGGUGAGAGGAACACUUUGUCCUGCUAUAAAGCAAGUACUCGAACAUGGAAUGAAACGGCCAUCAUUUUUGGGUGGGCCAUGUCAUCCAUGGCUGUUUAUUGAAGAAGCGGCAAUGAUGGAAGUAGAAAGAGAUUAUAGUUCUGUUUAUAGUAGAUUAAUGUUAUGUAAAACCUACAGAUUAGAUGAAGAUGGUAAAGUUUUAACUCCUGAAGAGCUUUUAUAUAGAUGUAUUCAAUGUAUAAAUCAAAGCCACGAUACAGCUGGUUGUCAAAUGGAUGUAAAAUUGAGAAGUCUAAUUUGUCUUGGUCUUAAUGAACAAGUAUUACAUUUGUGGCUUGAAUUGUUAUGUUGUUCUGAUCAAGUUGUAAAAAAAUGGUAUCAGCCUUGGAGUUUUGUUUGCAGUCCAGGAUGGGUGCAAGUAAAAUGCGAAUUAAGAGUUUUAUCACAAUUUCCAUUUAAUUUAAAUCCAGAUUGGGAACUUCCUCCAAAAAAGGAAAACACUCAGACAUUGAAAGCUGGGGUUAGAGAUAUGCUUGUGAAACAUCAUUUGUUUAGUUGGGAUCUUUAAUAAAAUACUUUUAGGGAUAAUCAUAAUUGUAUUUUUAAUUCUAAAUCAUUAUUUUAUAAUUAAUCAU